AGACAAGGGGCAAUGAACUGCAGUAGAGGUGCAGAAGAAGUUUCAUUUACAUUUCCUGGAUAUGAAAUGAGGAGGAGCUGUGGACUAGUGUAAUUCUAUCAGCACAGCUCCAGCAGAUGGUUUUGCAGUUGUACUUCUCAUCAGCACAGGAACUUUUCCAUCUGGGAACCCGUUGCAACUUUUUAAUCUUUCUUCUAAAGCUAUGCUCCUCUUGUAAUACAUCUUUAUAACUCGUAUGAAAUCACCAUGGCAGCCAAUCUAACAAGCAGACUACUUUUGCACCAUCUGCUCACCAAGCAACAGGGACCUGCUAGAAUCUGCCCCUGGAGAAGCCUUGGAGUACGAUACUGUGCUUCAUACCAGAAACAGAAGAUACAACCAUCUUAUCACAAUCCAGGACCUCAAUGGGAUGUCCAUUCAUAUAUGCCAGAAUCAACUGCCCUACCCAGUGUACAGACCUUUCAGGAUCUCCUACAAGUCUCACAUGAAGACCCUGAGACAUUUUGGGGUGUUCUUGCCAGGGAGAGGCUGACUUGGAUAAAGCCAUACCAGAAAGUUAAAGACUGCGAUUUCACUCAAGGCCGGGUAAAAUGGUUUCUUGGUGGACAACUGAAUGUAUCUGUGAACUGUCUGGACAAGCAUGUACACCAGUGCCCAGAAAGAGUUGCAUUAAUCUGGGAAAAGGAUGAGCCGGGGACUCAUGUCAAGAUCACGUACAGGGAGCUUCUUGACACCACAUGCCGUAUUGCCAACACACUGAAAAAGUAUGGAGUAAAAAAAGGUGACAGAGUGGCCAUCUACAUGCCUGUUUCACCGUUGGCUGUGUCAUCCAUGUUGGCUUGUGCAAGGAUUGGAGCUGUUCACACCGUUGUCUUUGCUGGUUUCAGUGCGGAAUCCUUGGCUGGACGAAUUAAUGAUGCUAAAUGCAAAGCUGUCAUCACUGUCAACCAAGGACUGAGGGGCGGACGAGUGACAGAGCUCAAGAAGACUGUGGAUGAAGCUGUCAAGAGCUGUCCAUCGAUUAAACAUGUCUUUGUUGCUCAGAGGACAGACAACAAAGUCCACAUGGGUAAUCUUGACAUUUCUCUGGAAGAAGAAAUGGCCAGAGCAGAACCAGUGUGCCCUCCAGAAACUAUGGACAGUGAGGACAUGUUAUUUAUGCUGUAUACAUCUGGCAGCACUGGACAGCCUAAGGGAAUCGUGCACACACAGGCUGGGUAUUUGCUGUAUGCUUCCCUCACGCAUAAGUACGUAUUUGACUACAAACAAGGAGAUGUGUUUGGAUGUGUUGCCGACAUUGGCUGGAUUACUGGGCAUAGCUAUGUUGUCUAUGGACCUCUGUGCAAUGGAGCCACCACUGUCCUGUUUGAGAGUACUCCAACAUAUCCAGAUCCAGGUCGCUAUUGGGAGAUGGUGGAACGGUUGAGGAUUAAUCAGUUUUAUGGUGCGCCAACUGCAAUACGCCUGCUACUCAAGUAUGGAGACGACUGGGUAAAGAAAUACGAUAGGUCAUCUUUAAAAAUGUUGGGCUCAGUGGGUGAACCGAUAAACCAUGAAGCUUGGGAAUGGUUUUACAACGUGGUCGGUGAAGGAAGGUGCGAUCUUGUGGACACGUGGUGGCAAACAGAAACUGGAGGAAUCUGCAUUUCACCUCGUCCUUCAGAGCAAGAUGCCGAGAUAGUUCCAGCAAUGGCUAUGAGACCUUUCUUUGGGAUAAGACCUACACUCCUAAAUGAGAAUGGCAAAGUUAUUGAAGGAGGUGAUGUUUCUGGUGCACUCUGUAUUGCCCAGCCCUGGCCUGGUAUGGCCAGAACCAUAUACGGAGAUCAUCAGAGGUUUAUUGAUGCUUAUUUCAAGACAUAUCCAGGCUAUUAUUUUACUGGUGAUGGAGCUCAUAGGUCGAAUGAAGGGCACUACCAGAUAACAGGCCGAAUGGAUGAUGUCAUAAACAUCAGUGGGCACAGACUUGGCACUGCAGAGAUUGAAGAUGCAUUGGAUGAACAUCCAGAUGUUCCAGAAACCGCUGUAAUUGGUUUUCCUCAUGACAUCAAAGGAGAAGCCGCAUUUGCUUUUGUUGUGUUAAAAGAAGGCAUAACAGACACUGAAAAAACUAUAAAAGAAGAUCUAAAAACUAUAGUAGCCACAAAGAUAGCAAAGUAUGCUGUCCCCGAUCAUAUCCUGAUGGUGAAACGACUUCCAAAAACACGUUCGGGAAAAAUAAUGAGGCGUGUGCUGAGGAAAAUUGCCACCGGCUACACAGAAGAUCUUGGAGACAUAACCACACUGGAGGAUCCAAGUAUCAUAACAGAAAUCCUGGAGGCAUAUCAGAUGUACAAGACAGAUGAGGCUGCCAAAUAAUGACCUGAUAACUGUGAACACUGGAUGUAAACUAUAGGGCUAUAGAUGAAAUCUCCUUCCAGGCAACAAAUUGAUAAAAUCUCCUUCUGUCAUUGUGCAGACAUUCUGUAAAGUACAUAAUCGAAAACCUAAAGGACCAGUUACGAGGUUCUUAUUCAUUAAGAAAAAUGUGAAGUGCCAAAUGCAUAUCUCUAUUCAUUUAUCUCUGCCCAGUCAAUUUUCGGUUGGUAUGGUUAUGUUGUCACUGAUAACAAGUGCAUCAUUUAUUCUAAUAUACUGUUAUUACCAGCUACACUUGAACCUUAUUUAUUGGUGCAGUCAAGGAUUUCAAGACCUCAAAUGUUCUUCAGGUAAGAUCAGGCAGAGACAGGUUGGUGAUAAAGGUCUACAUACAAUACUGUACAGCAGACAAAGCGCUGGCUAUAGAGGUCAUGAAGUUAGAGGGCUGUAUCAUGUUGCCCUACACUUCUCCAUGGAAUAUGAAUCC